AUGGCUUUGGCUGACGCUGGAACCUCUGCUGUCGAUGGUCUUGGUCUAACGGGAGUCCAAGAAGAACCACUGUUCUACAGUGAAGACGAGGAUGGGGAAGAACAAGGGGUACAGGAAGGAUUUGGGGACGAGAAUCAUGAGCAGUGGACCAACGAUCCCUUUGACCAAGAUCCCAAUGCGUUGGCAGCUGAACUGUACAGCCACUUGGAGACCCACAUGGAUUGGUCGGGAGGCAUGCCCGAGUCGACUGUCGAAGAUGUGGGAGGUCCGUCAACGGCUACUGUUGAAGAGGGUGGUCCUAGGGAAGUCGAGGCAACGGUACAAGGUGAAGAGGAGGCGUCUACUUCGGCACCUGUCAAGCGGGGAAGAGGAAGACCUCGAAAGACGAGCAACGGAAAAGGCAAAGGCAAAGAAGUUGUUGCUCCAGUCACACCAGUUGCAAGCCCUGCAGAUGAUUCGGAGGCCCUUGAGCGCCCAAACAAAAGGCGAAGGAUCCAAACUCAACGUUUAGACCUUGAUAACUACGCCAAGGCUGGUCGCAAAUGA